CAUUCAAGCUGGUGUUCCAAAGCAACUGGAGGUUCCCACUUCAUUAGAGCUGUGAUUCGGAGGGCUGGAGAGAGCGCAAGCACUACGUCUGACUCUGACAGCCAGUCAAAGUGAUAACCAGAAAGAUUUGGCUGAAGGGCCGAAGACAAAACUACAUUUGAGGAGAGAAGAAUCCAGAAAGGCAUUAAGGAUGACACCUGCUACACUGGCACUGACAUGGUCUUUGCUCUCGAUAUGGACAGUAAUUUCUGCUGUGCAGAUGGAAGAAGCUGAUCUCAAUGAGACCGUCAUCUGCACAAAUGAUCAGAUGCAAGUUAUCAUUCCCAGUUUGUUUUUUCUGAACAAGGAUCCACCUGUUUACGUUUGGGAUUUGCACUUGAAUGAUCCUGACUGUCGAGGUGUUGAGGUCGGGAACGACUAUGUCUUCAGCAUCAAGACAAACCUCACAGACUGCGGCACCAUUAUGGCAUCAGAUGAUUCUCAUAUCAUGUUCACCAACUCGAUCCGCAAUAAUGAAACUGAUAUCAUCACCAGAAGCUACAUCAACAUCACAUUUGGGUGUCGAUACCCACUAAACUACAUGGUUCAGCAGCAAAACGGGGGGAAUCUGGUCAGAGUGGAUGUGAGGACAAUCACUCUGAACACAGAGGAUGGAAAUUUCUCGGUCUCCAUGCUGCUGUAUAAAGACGAAGAGUUUCAGGAUAAAUGGACCACUGUUCCUUCUCUCACACUUGAGGACAACAUCUAUGUCAAAGUUUACAUGAUUCCAGCAAAUCUUUUUCUGAGAGUGGACAGAUGUUGGGCCACACCAACCAGUGACCCUUACAGCAACAUUCAGUAUAUCUUCAUCAGGGACAGCUGUCCAGUGUUGUGGGAUGACCAGACACUAGCCAUGAUGAAGAACGGUCAAGGACCAGAAGCUCUGUUCAGGAUACAGAUGUUCAAGUUUGUUGGAAGCUCCUACACAGAUGUUUUCCUGCACUGCAACGUCCAGAUCUGUCAUAACACAGGAGGAGUGUGCCGGCCUAACUGCUCUUCUGAAGAUGCAUCAGUACGGACACGCAGGGAUGUUGCAUCAUCUCACACUCUAUCGUAUGGACCAAUCAGAAGGCUCAAAACUGACAUGGAGAAUACUAGCCCCAAUUCAAAUGUGCCUCCUGUGGAAACCUUUGUGUUGGGUGGUCUGCUGUUCAUCCUGAUUGUCAUAACAGGAGUUUUUGGGAAACUCUGGCUCCAGAGCAGGAACUCGUAUCCAACCCAAGAGGCCCAGCUCACUCUCUCCAACAUCCACCACAUCUCAGAGGUGGCCAGCUAACCUGGGAUCUCAUUUACACAGUGUUGUGUCAAAUAUGUUCAGUUUGAAUGCAUUGUCUGCUAACCUAUAGUGUUUUUUUUUUUUUAUAGUAGUUGUUCUUUUUUUGUCUGUUAUUGUGAAAUAAAUAAAAAUGCUUUUUGAUUUC